UAAUAAUAAUAAUGUUGUUGGAAUAUUAUUAUCGACAUAAAGAAAAGAAUAUGUCCUCAUUGUUCACUCAUUGAAUCAAUCUCACCAUCUUUUCUAGCCCCACCAUUUUCAUUUUCAUUUUCAUUUUCACAACACUCCCAUUAUUCCCACACAUUAAUAUUUAUUUAUAUAAGCUCUUACAAAUUGCAAAGUGCAAAAUUAUACUACUACUUACUCUCACUCAGUAGUACUCACUUCACAACAUAAAACCACUUUUCUAAUUUAUAAACCUCACCUUCUUCCAUCAUUAAUAUCAAAAUUAUUUUCUGUUAUUCCAUCGUUUUAUGAAUACAAACUUCAAACCAUGCCAACACCAGUAUCAUCAGCAAGACAAUGCUUAACACCAGAAGCAAUCCAAGCUUUAAACGACGCAGUAGCCGUCGCAAAACGCCGCGGACACGCACAAACAACCUCGCUUCACGCAAUAUCCGCUUUGUUAUCUCUUCCAUCUUCUUCAAUCCUCCGCGACGCAUGUUCUCGUUCGAGAAACUCGGCUUACUCACCACGCUUACAGUUCAAAGCACUUGAUCUUUGUCUCUCAGUAUCACUUGACCGUUCACCUUCUUCGCAUAACAACGUUUCAUCUGAUCAUGAACCACCGGUUUCGAAUUCGCUUAUGGCGGCGAUUAAACGAUCUCAGGCGAAUCAACGGCGUCAUCCUGAUAAUUUCCAUUUCUAUCAUCAGCAGCAACAGUUGCAGAGUCAACAAACGUUUUCUGUUAGUUCUGUUAAAGUUGAGUUGCAGCAUUUGGUUUUGUCAGUUCUUGAUGACCCGGUUGUUAGUAGAGUUUUCGCUGAAGCUGGUUUUCGAAGCUCCGAGAUUAAGCUUGCAAUUCUCCGGCCACUUCCCCAUCUCUUCCGUCGUGGUCCACCGGUUUUUCUGUGUAACCUGCCGGAGCAGCCACGCCGGGGGGCUGGGUUUGGAUUUGGAUUAGGCUUUCCGUUUUUAUCUGGGGUUGGUGAUGUAGAUGAGAAUUUCCGGAGAAUUGGGGAGAUUCUUGUUCGAAGUAAAGGGAAAAAUCCUCUGCUUCUUGGAGCAUGUGGUAACGAUGCUCUGAGAAGCUUUACCGAGGCUGUGGAGAAGCGGAGAGAAGGAGUUUUACCUUUGGAACUUGACGGGUUGCGAGUGAUUUGUAUUGGGAAGGAGUUAGAGAGUGGUGACUGCGAGGUGGUGAGUUUGAAGUUAAAGCAGAUUGCUGCCAUAGUGGAGGAGUGUGUGGGACCGGGUGUUAUAGUGAGUUUUGGAGAGUUGAAGUCUUUUGUCAACGAUGAUGGUGGGUUUGUUGAAGAAUUAGGGAAAUUGUUGAAGAUUCAUUAUGAUAAGUUUUGGUUAGCAGGUGCAGCUGAUAGUUAUGAAAGUUACUUGAAAUUUCUGGGUAGGUUUCCUUCUGUGGAGAAAGAUUGGGAUUUGCAGAUUCUUCCUAUUACUUCUGUUAAGGCUUCUGAAUCAUAUCAGAGACCCAGGUCCAGCUUAAUGGAUUCAUUUGUACCACUUGGUGGCUUUUUUUCAUCACAGUCCGAUUUGAGAGGUCCACUAAAUGGUUCAUUUGGUUGUGUUCCUCAUGAUAAUCAAUUUGGUGAAAAAUGUGAACAUGAAGUUCUUGGUGCUUCAAAUGAAAGAUUUUCGGUUUCAGCUCCUGAUCCAUACCCAUCUAACUUACCUCAAUGGUUGAAGACUACAGAAUUUGGCACAACAAAAACAUUGACUGUUAAGACCAAAGAUGAUGGUGUUUUGGGGGAUAGUAGUGAAUCUUGUACGCCGCGUAAUAACUUGGACAACAUAUGCCAAGUUUUGCAUCAGCGAAUUCCCAAGGCAAAUACUUGUCAUACUGUUGUGGGAUUUCAUUGUGCUGACAACAAAAACGAAGACGCCGACAACCACAGCAGCAAAAUCGUAGACAAAUCAUCUAAAGAAUACAUCAAUCUCAACUCUCAUGCACCUGUUGGCGUUCAAACGAUGUCUGCAUUACAAUCCAGCAAUUCUUUUCCUUCUUUCUUCUUGGCAAAACAGGUGAAAAAUAUUCCAAAUCUAACUGAUAUGUUCCAGAAUGUAAAAGAUCUUGAGUCAGGUGACCUAAGAUCAUGCAACAUCUCCAGUUCAAGUGUGUCCGAUGGUAGUCAACUAUCUCCCACAUCUGUGACUUCAGUAACAACAGAUCUCGGCUUAGGUAUAUGCUCUUCUCCUACCAGCAAUAAAUUGACAAAAGCUGCAGUUCAAUAUACAAUGGAGCCUCCAAAGGAAAUCCCUAAUCGAUUUACUUCAAGCUUUAAUUUGGAUGAAGAGAUUAUCAGGAUGCGUCCGUCCCAAUCUUCAUCCUGCUUAACUUUUGACUAUUAUCAACAAGCUGAUGACGCUAGAAAUCCCAAAGUUCUUUUUGAAGCUCUUUCCAAGGCGGUAAGAUGGCAAGAUGAAGCCAUAAGGGCUAUUAUUAAAACAAUAGUCUGUGGCUCAACAAAAAGUGCUAAAGACCAUGGGUUAAAUCAACGUGGGGACAAGUGGAUGAAUUUUGUUGGACCCGAUAGGCAUGGUAAAAAGAAAAUUGCUGUUUCUCUAGCUGAAUUACUGUAUGGAAGCCGGGAAAACUUUACUUUUGUGGAUCUGAGUUCCAAAGAAAUGAAUGGAUGUAAUGUGAAAUUCAGAGGGAAGUCUCACCUUGAUUUUCUCGUAGAUGAGUGCUGCAAGAAACCAUUGUCUGUGGUUUUCAUUGAAAAUGUUGAUAAAGCGGAUAUAGUAGCUCAAAGCAGUUUGUCUCAAGCCAUCAAGACAGGAAAAAUCACAGACUCGCAUGGACGAGAAGUUAGUGCAAACAAUGCAAUAUUUGUUUUUUCUUUCUCAGGUUACCAAAAUAGUUUGAUGCAAACAAGGGAACCUUCCAACUAUUCUGAGGAAAGAAUGCUGAGUGUACGGGGCGGAGGUAUCAAGAUCAAAGUUGAACAUAUGGUUAGAGACAUCAGAAACCAAAGCAUCGGUGUACCUAACAAUUCAAUAAACAUCAUUCCUAAUCUAAAUUUCAUAAACAAACGAAAAUUGAUUGGUGACAAUGAACUUCACGAUCCCCAUUUACUCGCAGAUGCGGCUAAAAGGGCACAUACAACAUCAAACCGGCUUUUAGAUUUGAAUCUUCCAGCUGAAGAGAAUGAACAGAAACAGACAGAUGAUGGAAACUUUGAACAUGUCUCAACUGAGAACCAAAACCUUUGGUUGCAAGAUUUGUAUAAUCAGGUUGAUGAAACAGUUGUUUUUAAACCAUAUGAUUUUGAUUCCCUUGAUGAUAGAGUGUUGAAAUUGGUAAGAAAUAACUUCAACAAAAUUCUUGGAUCCGAGUGUGCCUUACAAAUCCAAACAGAAGUCAUGGAUCAAUUGCUUGCAGCUGCAUACGUCUCGGACAGUGAUACGGAGGUGGAGAACUGGGUUCAGCAAGUUCUCUAUGGUGGAUUCACUGAAGUGCGGAGAAGAUACAAUCUCACCGCCAGUUCUAUUGUGAAACUUGUUACAUGUCCAGAGCAAGCUUCAAGUGUGCACCUUCCACCAAGGAUAGUUUUAGAUUGAAUACCCUUCGGUGAUUGUUGUCUUUUCUUUUUGAAUGUAUAAUUUAGCUGUAGCAUAUAGUGAAACUAUCUUAGUCUUUAAUCCCUAUUAUUUUGUUGGGUUUCUUUGUCUAGGUUUCAGUUGUGUAUAAUAUGUAAUUGCAGCUAGUGCUUUGUGUGAUUAUCCUGGGAUAUUUAAAUUAAAUGUCUUCUUUGUUUAUGUAAGGUGUUGCUUGAUGUAAUAGAUUAAUAAAAUAUACUAAUGAACCGAUGCAGACCAAAAAAAGGAGGUGUUUGUGUUUUGUGAUUGCAUCAUGAA